AUGCACCUGCUGCUGUGGAGUGUGGACAACAACAACAGACAAGAGGUGGCUGCGGGGCUGGUGUCCAAAGUGUUAGCAGAGGCCACUGAGCUUGUGAGCCAGGCUCUGUCAGCUGAGAAGCUAGACUACAGAGCAGCUUCCACCAAGACCAGCAGCGAGGCUGUUGCCUCUGGAAUUGAGAAGCUCUGCAAUGGAGACAACAGGGACAGCGCCCUCCCCUCAGUUCCAUCUGCAAAAGCUGUGCGGGCUGAGAUUAGAGCCUCUGCCGCAGCGUCUGCCGCCCAAGACAUGGUGUUUGACCUGAGCACUAAGUCUAAGAGUGUGGCCCUUCCAAAGUUGCUCGCUGAACUUGCUGAACUUCAGAAGGUUGUUGCGAGCUCAAGUGGUUCCACUCGCAGAGGGCUGGCUGUGAAUCUCCAGGACGAGAGACCUGGAAGUGCUGGCAGGUGGAGCCCGGUGUCAGAUGGGAGUGAGGCCUGGCUUACUUGCGACGAAGAUCUCUAUUACAGCGAGGAGGAGAUGGAGGAGGAGCUGGCGAGGCAGAGUCUCAUGGAGAUGCCUGGACAUGACCCAUGCAGCUUUGAGCCGCCCGUUGCCAUUUUAAUGCACAGCGAGAAGGAGUGGAAAGGGCAGACCACCGAAAGCGUCAUCAUCAGAAAAGGCUACGCCGAGCUCUCCCGGAGCUUUGGAUUCGUCCGGCGGGUGAGGCAAGACAACUACUGUGCCCUGCGAGCCUCCCUGUACCAGACGCUGAUGAGGUCUGCCCAGCUUCCCGACUGGCUGCAGCGGGAGAGUUUCUUAUUGAUCCCUGAAAAGCUUCAGUCUCGCUACGGUCUGAUUGAAGGCUGGUUGUUUCCCGACGUGUGCAAGCAGACGAGCGGGAUCCAAGAUGAUGUGGAUCUUAUGAGACACUGCCUGAGCCUUCUCCAGAAAUGGUGGCGUGCGGCAGCAGCCUCUCCUGGGCUCGAGGGUCGCAGACGUGUGUGCGAUCAGCUCUUCCGGGGCGGAGAGGACGAGUUUGGUGUCAUGGAGGCGCUCAAGCUCCUGAUGCUGACCUGUGCCGUGGAAUUGCACGACGCCAUGCAGAGGGGCAAAGACGUGCCCAUCUUCUGCUGGCUGCUAUUCUCCCGCUACACCUCCUCCUGCCCGCGCACGUUCCUGACCAACCACCUGAGCCAGGUUGGCUUCAGUGGAGGCGUGGAGCAGGUGGAGAUGUGCCUCCUGGGCUACACACUGCACCACACCAUUAAGGUGUACCGCCUCUACAUGGCCAACAUGAAGGACUUCAUUGUCACUCAUUACCCGGAUAAUCACAUUCGGGACUGGCCCUCUGUUUGCCUGGUGACUGAGGAUGGCCGCCAUUAUGACGUGGCAGUUGGCGACCCCGUCUGUCUUCAGGAGGACUUUUCUGGCGGACCUCGCUGA